AUUCGCAAAUUUGUGACAAGGAGGUUCAACCUACAUGGAUUUUUUCGGUCAAUUUAGUUUUUACAAAUCUUUAAAAAUGUCGGAACUGCAGCAAUGACAGAUGACAGACAACAACAUCUUAGGCCCGCUGUAAGUAGUGGUCAAAAUUAUUCAUUGAAUUAUGAAGAUGUCAUAAAGAAAUGGAAACGUCCGAUACAUUUUAAAAAAUCCCAAAUGUUUCCAUUUUAUACCUACAGCAUGGAAUAACUGGUUGAUCCAUAAAUACCCAUUCCUUUCAUAAUAGCACCAAAACUCGACUCCACCAUGUCAUAUUUCGCACAGAGAUGUCUCCGCGCGCUCAAUUUAAGCGCUGUCAAAAACGUGAAAACCAUUAGACAAGUACACCGCCGCGCAGUCAACCAAACAAGACUAGUCAGCCCCCAAGCAACCAUCAGUGAGCAGCAACCAUCGCGAUACUUCUGGUUGCUUCUGACAGUAUUUGCUGCUUCUCUGGAUGAAGAGGAAGAAGCCCCGCCAUCGUUUGCGACCACUUUUCAGUCAGAAAACGUGCGACCCAUUCAGAAAGUUUCGGAAUUAGAAGCGUUGCUAGACAAUGCGGGCGACAAGUUGGUGGUCAUCUUCUGCAUGGUCCGCUGGUGUCCUUUCUGCAGGAGGAUUGCUCCUACAGUUGAGGACAUUGCUAAGGGAACGCAGAACGUAGUCAUGCUCAAGCUGGAUAUGGAUGACCAAGAAGCGGAAUCCUCGAGAAUCAUGGCUCGCUACAACGCCUACUACGUGCAACAGAAUCGCUUCGCCGUCGGUCUGCCGACCUUCGUGUUAAUCAAAGACGGGGCAAAGUUGGAGCACUUCAGCAGCGCUGAUGAAGGAAGGCUGAGGGGCGCCAUCAGGAAAUAUACUGCGUAAUGGAAGCAAUC